GCUAUCCGAGCAAAGAGGACCCUCAGUGACGUCACGACCAAAAGUUCCACUUUGAUGGCGUUGAGAGUCUGCUCGUUCACGCCUCUUUGAUGGGAGCGCGCCUUACCGGGUGGGGGAGUCUCUGGCUGGCGACGUCACGGCAACACGCUGGUGUCAGGCGCGAGUCGCGUUGACAUUCAAGGCACGGACCGAGCACAACACGCGCGGCAGACACGUUCGUUCGAUCAGGCUCAACUGAAAAGGCGAUGGCUUCUGUGAGUGUGGUGGGCCAGCACCCGGACCAGCACAGGCUCGACUCGGAACCCUUGCUCCGUUUCUUUAAACCGGCUGCCGGGAGGAAGAAAAUCACUCUGUCGAGGAAGUCUUCGUGGGAGAAAAUGAUGUUGAGGAGAUGCGUCUCCGUCACCGCCCCGAACCAUGCCGGGACGUGCCACUCGGCUGCUGGACCGGCGGAUGAAACCGGGACGUGUCGUGGAGCCUCGUCUGCCCCCGCGUCGCCACGUAGCCCGGACCCGGCCAGACACCAUCGAGGCGGCGAGCACUCCGACUGGCGCUGCCCGGGCACGAGAGAGCCCCACGCCGGGUUCGCGGUCGCCGGCUGCGACGCGGGGGCUGCGCUCCCGAGUUCCCCCGCCGAUGUCAGGGGCAGCACGCCGCUCGCCGCCGCCUCUACACGCCACCGGCAACGGUUUCUGCACGGCGGGUGCGACUUUCGCAACAAAUAUGUUGGACACCAGAGCUCAACCUGCGCCCCUGCUGAGAACGGGGGUCUCCCUCUGGAACGUCUGACGCAAGGCAGGACCGGAGUGGUGAGACUGGCCCGCACCGAGCCUCCCCGCAGGGAGGCCUGGGCCAUCUUUCCGCGGGGCUCGGCAGACAAGGGUGCGGGACACCGCUUCGAAGCCAAGGCGCUUACCCAGGACUGGUGUGACGCCUGCAGUCGCCAGAUCACCGCACAGGCCCUCGAGUGUCAAAACUGCACGUACACCUGCCAUCUGGAGUGUGAAAGACAGGUCCAGCUGGACUGCAACCAGAGGGACAAUGUGCCUGAAGAAACUCUUUUUCCCAGACCCCACCGCUCCACAGGAGAACACAAGAAGAGUGAGGCAAAGGCGGAAGAGGCAGGAGGUGUAAAAGACCUUCCAGAUGAAGAGGUGUCCAAAAGGAUAGAAGAAUACAACUCACGGGUAUCAGAGAAUGGCAUGAAACUGGCUUCUGACGGCUCUUACACAGGUUUCAUCGAAGUCCAUCUGAGGCUCAGUCGACCCGUCACAGUUCCCGCUGUCGAGGUGCAGGUCCCCAGAGGCCCCGGUGGAUCACAGUCACAGGGUCAAGACCGUGGGCAGGGUGAGGACAGAACCUCCUCCUACCUCCCAUGUGACUGCGUCAAGCAGCUGCACAUCAGCUCUACGACAACCACCAGAGAGGUGAUCCAGGGCUUGCUGAAGUUCAUGGUGUUGGACAACCCUUGCAAGUUUGCCUUGUACAAACAGACACAUCGUGAUGGACAAGAUUUGUUCCAGAAACUUCCUCUGUGUGAGCGUCCUCUUCUUCUGAGACUGAUUGCAGGGCCUGACCCCGAGCAGCUCAGUUUUGUCCUCAAGGAAAACGAGACUGGAGAAGUUGAGUGGCACGCCUUCUCCGUCCCGGAGCUCCAAAACUUCCUGGUGAUUCUGGAUAAAGAAGAGGCAGAGCGUGUGCGAGCAGUGGAGUCAAAAUAUACAAUGUACAGACGCAAGCUACAGCAAGCUCUACAACAACACGACCCCUGACCUCCUCACUUGGUGCCGUGUGACCUCAAAGCAGGGAGAGAUUUGACCCUUUCAACACUGAAGGCCCACCCUCGUCCCCCCUCCAAGGCCCCGCGAUCCAAUCAGAGAGCUCUGAGAUGGAGCCGAGCUCGUCUCCACAUACACAAACAAACAAAGCCUUUCUCAGGACACAUUGUACUCCUCUUCCGCCAUCUUUGAGGAGCUCCAGGAGACUUUAAGGGGUGUUGGAACUUCUGCAAAAACACAGCUGGGAUGGCAGUGUUUAAUUGCAUUUAAAAUGACCUUCUCUCCUUCUGCCACUGCUGCUACUGCAAAGUGUUACUUAUGCAUGUGUCUCUCUCAGCUCAUCCCCACACAUACUUACAGCACUGCUGACCACCCAUGUAGAAUGAUAAAAUAGAACGCAUGGUUCCCUUUUCAGCAUCUCUUCGGAAUAAAAGGACAAUCAUAACAAACGUUUGUUUUCUUGAAAUGUUGGCUCUGAUUUACAAGAUUCAGGUGGUCGUUUUGUCGCUUGAAUCCAUGACGUGGACUUAUGAGGAUGGUGUUUGGGUUAUCUUGUUGAAUAAAGAACACAGCUUUAAAAAGAAUCCAAUACUCCAUCCUAGCAUUCGGUAUUCCUACUUCAGCAAGUCGAUAAGGUGAUGAACGAGAAACAGCAUCCUUCCGUGGGACAAAUGUCUGAGCUUCGCAUGCAAAUGAAGCCAUUUUGUGACUCGGAAACACGGUUUUGAUGUUUGCCCCCAAACUCGGAGCAACACAUCCAGCAUGGUGAUUUGAAAAUCUGGCAAAUACAUUAGGAUGCUCUUUCAAUUUGAGAACGGCACACACACACCGAGCAGCCGCAACAUGAGGUGCAGUGGUCCAUUUAAGAGCUUUAUCAAAAUGGAUUGACACUGUCAGAGAGCGGUUUAUUUAACAGUGGUUUCUAGUGUGGUUGUUCUGCAGCAUGCGGCCUCAUAAUCAGAGUCCAAUGACACGUAAUUAUUGAAUCACAAGUGGUUGUGAAAAUACCGUAACUGCUGUUUUUUCCACUCAACAGUACCAGUUCAGUGAGACUGCACACCUUGCUUUUGGGACUGGAAAAACACAAACAAAAACAACAUCAUAUCAGAUAUUGAUUGUCUCCCGUAUUUAUAAAUUCAAUUCAAGAGGAUCCUGUGGGCAGCAGGGAAAUGAACCACCGCAGAAAAGUAGACCGCUGAGUCUCGUAUAGUACUGCGGGGUCCGGAACUGAGGCAUAAUGAAGCAAGAUCGAAUUAGCCUGUGGUUGUAUGCAUCCUAGAAUGUGCUGGGGCUGUCCAAGUACAAUUUGCAAGAGAGGAAAGCUAUCAGUACUAGAGAGUAGAGCCAUAGAGGUACAGCACUUACUUUGCAUGGCAAAUGGGGCAAAUUGCUUAAAAGCGAACAUGCAAGUAACUUCUAUGUAAAUUAAAAGGAAAGCAAAAAUCAUAAAGGUUAUGUACCAAUGAUGGGUUUGUGAUGCAUACAGUAUGUGAUACAAUAAGUAUACACUGGAAAAUGACAGUUUGUUGUUAGAAUGAAUAUCAUUCUUUUGGCAUCAUUGUGCAUGUGUGGAGUUGAUGUGAAAACUGUCCUCUUUUGUUGUAGUGACUUUGACACAAACUCAUGCGGCCCCACUUACCAAAAUGAGCAUUGUGUAAUUUAUUUACAUCCUCAGAUUGAGUUGCAUGGAUGAUAAAUGAUUUUAUGUUUUUAAUCAAUUUGGACCAAACAAUUGAAUACACAGUCACACAAUGCUGUUUCACCGUUUUCAAAUAAAUAUGAUUGAUGAGGCCACUUGUCCAUUAGCACUUAGUUUAGCUUAAGAGCAGAGUUGUGUUCGUCAUACUCAAACAAUUUUUGGAAAACAAUUCAACAAACAAGAAGGGCGCAAAGGGCCUCAGUUCAACUUUUGCAAAUUAGCAUGACCUGGAUCACUGACAAUCCACACAAGCAAAAAAAAAAACGUUUAAAUUUUUUUUUUGUGCAAGCGCAUUGGUAUUUUCCUUAUUGAAACUGUGAUAGUAAUUAGUGAUAACAAUAAAAAAAAAAAUUAGGAGACUAUUGUAUGAGCUUAACGAUAUGCUUCUCAGUUAACACUUGGUGUGAAACCUGAGCUGAUCCCACAGGCAGUGCCUUUUGUUUCCUGUGUCCAGUGAUAUCGCGACAUGUACCUAAUGCAUGGACGGUGUGUCGCGGUACACAGGUGCCUCGUUAUUUGUAUGUGUUCAAAUAUUUUUUUCUUUAAGGUGGUGACACACUCACCUUACACUCAUUUGUCAUUCCAACAAACCGUGUGCGUGUGUGUGAGACUGUUAUUUAUGUAAUUAUAUGCCCAAGGUUGGAGAUGUUAUGCUUUUUUGCAACUUAUUUUGUUUGACUUGAAGAUGGGUGAUGACCAUAUGAAUAGAGAUGUACAGACUAUCUGACUGAAAUAAAAUAAAA